AUGCAGCCCGAGAUUUUGACCAAUGACAAGGAGAUUAAUCAAGCAAAGCUUUGGGAUGAGUAUAUUGAAAAGAAAGUAGAAGGGAAGUUGAAAUCACAGGGACCGAAAGGCACUACAUUACUUGAAAGUGCACUUGAAAAAGAAGAGCACAGAGGGCGUUUGAGGGGGAUUGGAGGACAGGUUAGUAAAACGAUGUACUUCAAGAUUCCUAGAGGAAAGAGAUGCAACAUCAAUGUUUGUAGUCAACAAGAGUUGAACGAAGAAAAAAAGAAAAAUGCUGAACGAGACGCUCGCAUAGCCAAAUUAGAAGCAUAUGUUUACAAGACAGGCGUGCAUGAUAUUGAUAUCGACGAGAAAGGCAGUUGGUCGGUACAUAAUGAAAAUCAAACACCAAAGCCUGUGUUUGAUGACGUAGUCGAUGACAAUGACAUGGAUCUGCAAUUGCUCGACGAUGAUAACAUAUACUUGGGUAAAUUUGUAGAACUAAGUGUCGAAUCGAGCAAAAAUGUUGGCACUGGCACAGUUGUGAAAGUCUACGGACCUAAUGAUAAAUUAUAUAAACGAUGCAUGCGUGUAGUCAUUGAUGAAGCAAUCCAUGAAGAUGCUCUUUUGCCUUAUCCAACAGAAGACUACGAAAGCAUUGGCGAUGCAGUGGGAUCACAUGUUGAAUGGCCUAUACGUCUUUUCAAGUUGAGAUAUGAGAAACCGAAAAAAGAAAAAGCACAAGAAAACAACAAGGAAACGAUAGAUAUUACAGCUCUUCCAAAGCCUUUGCGCAUGUUGUAUAUUUAUGGCAAGCGUUCGGGCAACAACCAUAUAACUAUUGAACUUGAUGAGAAUGUCUUCGGAGUUAAGCACAACUUAUAUGUAGAUAUGGAAGACAUCGUGCCUUUCUGCCAGUUGAAGCCAAUAUCUUAUAUGUGUAUUGCUACCUACGUAUGCUUCCUACAAAGCAAGUUGAACAUGUUACCUUGGGCCGAUAUGGUUAGAUUUGUUGACCCAUUGAAUAUAGGCUAUAUUCCAACUACGAAAACGGAUGCAGAAACUGCGAAUGAGAAUAUGGAAUUUAGAGCACGAGAAUUGUCAAAAAGGUUGAUUGAUACAAAAAUCAAUCAAAUUUUCUUAGCUCCGUGUAAUGUGGAAUAUCAUUGGAUUCUUACGGUGAUUGACCCUAAUAAGGGAGAGAUUGCUAUCUUGGAUUCCCUCUACAAAGGAAUUCAUGAUAAAAUUUGGAAAGAAGUCGUGGAAUUGGCCUUAAGGUUGUUCAAUAUGGAGAAGAGAAAGAAUGGAAAGAAGAAGCCUGAUUGGACAGUACUGAAGGUUCCGAAACAACCGGACUUGACUCAAUGUGGUUUCUAUGUGAUGAAGUACAUGAGAGAGAUAGUGAUAAAUAGUCAUCCUUGGACGAUUGGUUCUCUACAAUCUUUGUUCAAUGCUCAUGAAAAGUAUUCAAAUGAAGAGAUAGAUGUAGUGCGAUCAGAGUGGGCAGAUUGUGUUCAAGAAUAUAUAAAGGAGUAAAAGGAUAUGUAGUGGUGAUGGCAAAGAAGACAAUAUUGGAUGUAUUGGUUGAUGCAUCACAUUUUGAAGGAACGAAGGAGCAACAAGUGUUAACUCAUUUGAAGGCUAAGAUUCAAUUUAUUUGGUAGUGGACCCACAAAUCAUGUUUACUCAUUUUAGUUAUAGUUUUUGUUAGAAUUUAGCUUAAAUAUUAGUAUUUUGUAAUGGA